GAUCACGUGAUGACGCUGAAUGACCAGCUGGGUGAUUAUGGCUUGUCUCAGUGGUCGUCAAAUUUGCAUGUAGGAUUUACUGUGGCUUUACCAAAAGAUCAGAUUUGCGUCUACCAGGACUCGAGAGUGUAUAGUUAUAACUGUUCAUGACAAGGUAAAGACGAAUUUAUCUAUGAUGGUGGUCGACGUACGGUUGCUUUUCGUCUCGCAUCAUUGGCUGUUUGCAGUAUUUGUUAUCCAGCAAUAGCAUCGGCACAGCAUCUCCGUCGCUAACGAGCUAUUCGCUUUUUGUGAAGAAAGGGAAGUCCCCCAAGUUGUAUUUAAAUGUCAUGAUAUAUAAUCGUUACCUUUUUGCUAGCGGCAUAAUUAAUAUGGGCAGUGUACCUUCCAGUGUAGCACGGGACAAUCGCAUAUCAGUGUUUGCCAAUGUGGAGUGGGCUUUCAUUUCCCCUGUUUGACAGAUCGUUGGGACGUGCUGUGUUUCCCCUGAUGCCGUGUAUAAAACAUCGCGAAUAUGAUAGGUUCCCCGGACGUAGUGGCGUUCACUAAAGAAGAUGAAUACGGGGAUUCUUAUCCCGACCCAUGGGCUCUCCCAGAUGAGUUUUCGGUUCCGCUCUUCCCUCACGCUGCUAACUCCAACCCAUGGGCCAAAACCUCCUACGCCAAGUUCACCAAAGACUUCAUCCUCAUAUCUGAAUUCUCGGAGCAGGUGGGCCCGCAGCCCCUGCUCACCAUCCCGGACGACCCGAAAGUAUGUGGCACCUUCGACCUCAACUAUUUCUCCCUGCGGAUCAUGUCGGUGGACUACCAAGCCUCGUUCGUGGGCCACCCGCCAGGCAGCGGCUACCCCCGGCUUAGUUUCGUGGAAGACUCGCGGGUGGUCCUCGGUGACUCGAAGGAGGGGGCAUUUGCUUACGUCCAUCACCUAACACUGUACGACCUGGAAGCGAGGGGGUUCGUGCGUCCGUUCUGCAUGGCCUACGUCUCCGCAGAUGAGAGGAAAAUCAUGCUGCAGUUCCAGGAACUCUCUUUGCGGUUCUCCCGAGCCUCCGAAUGCCUGAAGACCGGGAACAGACGAGCCUUCGCCCGGGAACUUCAAAGGAAACUGCGGGACCUGGAGUACACCCGUGCUGUGCUCCAGAAGGAGGAAGGCUUGCAGAGAGAGGCGGGGCCUCAGGGCUGUUACUCCGCCCACGCCGUGGAGAAGGCCAAUGAGCUCGCCAACGUGGAGAAGAGCAUCUAUGAACACCGAGACUUGCUGCGUCAGAUCUGCUCUUACCCCCGGCGCGAGCGCCGCGACCCCCACGUGGUCACCUGCCACAAGUGCUCCUCUGAGGCAGAGCAGCUGGCCGACACGUACUCCACCCUCACCACCCCCCCGCACCACGACCACGCUGCCCCGGGGGGGGCUGGCGAGGGCCAGGCGGGUGAGGAGGCUGGAGAGGAGGAGGAGGAGGAGGAGGAGGAGGGGGGCAAACGCAAGCCCUCCUACAUCCCCCAGCUGAUCAAAGCCAAGUCAGCCAAGUGUUUCGACAAGCGUCUGAAGAACCUGCAGGAGCUGUGUGAGCAGACCUUCUACGAGGCCACGGUGGAACUACUCAGGGACACUGAGAGGAGUUUCCGGGGGGAUCUUUGUUACCUGCACACACGCCGACUUGACAGAGCACUCCGCAGGAAACAGCAAAUCACCAACUUCCUGUUUGAGGAGGAUCUGGGAGAAGAUGAGGAGGAUGAGGGCGGGGCUCUGAGGCCGUACUGUGCUGUGAACCACAUGGCAGACACCAACACACACACACUCACACACACCCCUCCUAUCCUGCUGUGCCCUGAUCCCCUGGAGAUGGAGUCCCUGGAUCCCUACCCAGCCUCUGAGGUGAGCCAUGCCCUGGAGAGUGAGCCCAUGUCUGGGGAUGGUCGUCUGGAGUCUUCCCCCUCUGACCAGACCCUGGGGACCCAGGAGAGCUCCGAGGAGACUAAAGGUAGCUUCAGCAGUGAGAGGAGUGCAGAGGCACAAGGAGAGGGCUCCCCCGCUGGCUUGCAGACACACCACCCCAACGCUGACCUGAACCCUGACCCUGACCUGAGUCUCGACCCAGAGAGGGAGAGCACUAGUGACGAGGUGGACACCACCCCCGUUGAAGAAGAAGCUGCAGAGGGGGGAGACCAGACCCCCUGUGGCAGAGAGGGUGACACGUUUUGUGAGGGUGAAGUUGUCGCCGACUCCGUAUGUGAGGCAGAACUGGAGUCGUUAGUCCAGAUGGACACAGCAUGCUGCAUGUCCCAGGAGGGCUUCUUCUACGACUCCUCAGGCCCAGAUUCUGUGCCUGGUCUUGGGCUCAGAGCUCCCCUCCGCCCCCCUCACUCCCUGGUGGUUAACCAAGAGCCCCAGGCCAUGUUUCCCCUCCAGGGGGACUACAUGGUGGGCUCUCCCCGCUCAGAGAGUCCCAUGGUUGGGCUGGAGCUGCCAACUGGCCCUCUAGGGGAAGCUGUCCACAGAGGAUCUGUGGAGGAAGGUUCCGACUGUACCAUGAGCGCGUCGACGGGUUCCGACCGGGCGACCUCACCUCUGGGCUACGGGGGUGUGGUGACGCUGCGGCAGAGGAAGCGGGCGGGGCAGGGCGCCCUGCGCUUCGUGAGGCAGUACCCGUUUGCCCUGCAGGCUCUGUGGUGCCUCCUGAGCGGGAGGACUGUGGUGGUGCUAGGGGCGGAGGAGGGGAGGGUCCGCAGGCUGGUGUCCGCCCUGGCUCUCUUCGUCCCUGGGCCAGGUCGCUGCGGAGAGAGGGUCCAGCCGUGGCUGUCCUGCCCCUUCACCCUGACUGACCUGCAGAGGUGGAAACUCAUUGGAUUGCAAAGGAUGGUGUCUCCUGUGGGUUCCAGCAUGCUUUGCUCCCUGUCCCGCUACAGUCGCUACAUCUCCAUCCUGGAUGCAGACCAGAAGACCCUGCGCUGCCCUCCCUACCGCGGCCAGCUCCUCGCCAACAUGGCCGACCACCGCACCUACAUCCGCCGGGGCUCAACCUACUUCAUGCACGUCCAGAGCACACUAACCGCGCUGGCCGCCAAGGCCUUCCUGUUUACCUUCACCCACCACCUCCACCUUCCCAUCAGCCCCGGGGAGGGCUUGGAGGGCUCGGAGGGCAGGAGAAGCCUCUUCCUGCAGGACCAGCUGGGUCUGGGGGAGGAGGACAGUGGAAUACUGCUCUACCUCAGCCGGCUCAUCACUCAGCAGUACCUAGAGCCAGCCACUGGGGGCGCUAGCGCACCCAGCUUUAGUUUUAACUACAUCACCAGCGUUUUAUACAAGAUCUGAGAGGAAGACUUGAGCUGAGGUCUUAAGAGAGGCCUUUCAAUGUUUUCUCUUCAUCCCUCUCUCUUUCUGUCUCUUUCUUUCUCUCUGUCACCUUGUAGGAACCCGAAAGGAUGUGUGGGUGCAUUUUAACUGAAUUGUUUACUUAAGUUUGUAUUUCUGAAGGUAACAUGCACACACUACCAGUUUGUGUUUAGACCUGAAUUACUCUACUCAGUGGUUCUGCACCACACAUUUGAACAUAUGGUUUAUGUUGAUAACUACAGUAUAUUAAUUUACAUUUCAUCCAUGAUGUAUUCAGAACCCUUGUCAAAAGGGAACACGGCUGAAUGUCUUUGAGAUCCUGAGCCAGUUUGCCUAAUGCAUUAGUCCAACUAACCUUUGAACUCCCACCAAUCAUUCACAAGGUUAAUCAAUCAGUGUGACCUCAAACGAGGCAAAAGCUAGCCCAUAGAACCUCUCGGUGACGUGCCGUUACUGAGACAAACUUAAGGUUAAGUUCUCCCUCUGUAUGUAUAUAUAUCUCUCAUGCUCACAUACAUAACUGUUCUAUCUGGAGUCAUCUAAAGAUUCUCACAGCACAUGAUCAUAGAUCCUUUUUAAUCUUACUUGCAAACGCCAGACUGUAGGUCUGGAUUGAAUAGUCAACACCGUACGCCAUAAAACCCUACUUCCCGUCCAUGGUGUGUAGGUGAUGCUGAUGCAUGGGAAAGUGUGUGUGUGUGUGUGUGUCGUCCUCGCCACGUGAUAGUUGCAUGUCCUGAGAAUCACCCACAUUACACCGCUAAGAUCACUCCGACCAUCUCCAUAGUAACCGCUGGCUGGAGGUACUAGGGGGUGCUGUUGUGUCAGCCAGUUUUAAAGCUAUUAAACUUAAUGUAUUGAACUUCACUGUUGUCUUAAAAGUUGCGUGAGAGUGUUGUGGUGUCAGCAUGAAACUGUAUUGUGACAGGGUGGAACACUAUAAAAAAAGAUGUUUUCCAUUAGCCUUUUGAGAACCAGAUCCAACUUAUUAACGUGUUUGAGAUGAAGGCCUUUGUGUUGUUCAUGUACCAGAGGACCUGUCGCCGUGGUGACCAGCUCCUCAGCUACUGCUGUGAAGCAGACCAAGUAGAAAGCUAACUGUAGGUGACAGCCUACAUGUUAUACUGUAGAUGAAAGCCUACAUGUUAUACUGUAGAUGACAGCCUACAUGUUAUACUGUAGGUGACAGCCUAACAGCCUACAUGUUAUACUGUAGGUGACAGCCUACAUGUUAUACUGUAGGUGACAGCCUACAUGUUAUACUGUAGGUGACAGCCUACAUGUUAUACUGAUAUGGGUGUCAAGACAGUUAGGGGUCAUCGUAGUCUCUGUUCGGGACUACAUGAAAUGGAUGAGAAUUCUAUAACUGUUUCAAUCAACAUCACUUGGUGGAAACUGAAAUGUAUGCAUCUCACAGCACCACAAGUAAAUCUUAACCAGAUCAUUCCAUUGAUACUCUGAAUCGUUCUCAAACUCUAUUUCUAGUUUGAGGCCGCUCUGUUGGUAUAGAUCUUUUUUUCACGUCUGAUGUCUUAAACGAACAUGAUUUCAGUUCAGUUGUACUCAGACGCUACAGAUUGUUUUUAAUGCAAAAAUAAAUACUGAAUGUAACCUUAAGAAAAGCCAUACCACAGUAAACUCAGUGUGUUUCGCAUCAUGUAUAAUUUAGUCUGCUGGAGCCUUAGUUACCUGCUGUGGGGAUAUCACUGCAUCCUGUUUAUCAAGCACCACAGCCGCACAGCAGGGUCUGGAACUGUUGAAUGUCCUUCUCUCAUCCCGUGGUUAAUUCCCAUUAAAUUAUUUGUGAAUUUGUGACGUCGAAACCUGUGAGUGCUGGAGCUAGCAGCGCUGGGGCUAGCAGCGCUGGGGCUAGCAGCGCUGGGGCUAGCAGCGCUGGGGCUAGCAGCGCUGGGGCUAGCAGCGCUGGGGCUAGCAGCGCUGGGGCUAGCAGCGCUGGAGCUAGCAGCGCUGGAGCUAGCAGCGCUGGAGCUAGCAGCGCUGGAGCUAGCAGCGCUGGAGCUAGCAGCGCUGGAGCUAGCAGCGC